AUCUACGUCAUCUUCAGAGUCUUCAUCAUCCGAUUCUUCAAGCGAAAGCGGAGGUAGUUCUUCAACUGAGUCAUCAAGUCGUAGUUCAGACUCAGGUAGCGAUAGUGGGUCAAGUUCAACGAAUUCUUCAAAAUCAUCGGGUUCGUUAUCACGAAGUAAUUAUGGGAGUUCAGAUUCUUCAGUGACCUCUUACAACAGGAAAAGGAAACGUAGGGGUCACUAA